CUGAAAUAUGUUCAGGGGCGCUUGGAUGUGGCCCGGGAAAGACGCCGCCGCGCUGACUAUCUGCUGCUGCUGCUGCUGCUGGGCUCCCAGGCCGAGUGACAAACCUUGCGCCGACUCCGAGCGGGCGCAGCGAUGGCGACUGUCCCUGGCGUCCCUGCUCUUCUUCACCGUGCUGCUCGCUGACCAUCUGUGGCUGUGCGCGGGGGCCCGGCCCCGGGCCAAGGAGCUGAGCAGUGCCAUGAGGCCGCCCUGGGGUGCCGGCCGGGAGCGGCAGCGGGUGCCUCCUCGCGCGAUGCUGCCGCUGCCACCGCCGCCGCCCGGCGAGCCCAGCGCACCCCCGGGCGCCUGCGGCCCCAGAUACAGCAACCUGACCAAAGCCGCCCCCGCCGCCGGCUCCCGGCCGGUCUGUGGUGGCGUCCCAGAGCCCAAGGGGCUGGACGCAGCAUGUACCAAAUUGCAAUCUUUGCAGAGACUUUUCGAACCCACUACCCCGGCCCCGCCUCUGCGGCCCCCUGACUCCCCUUCCCGUGCCCCGGCCGAGUUCCCCUCCGCCAAGAAAAACUUGCUCAAAGGCCACUUUCGGAACUUCACUCUCUCUUUUUGUGACACCUACACGGUCUGGGACUUGCUGCUGGGCAUGGACCGCCCUGAGAGCCUGGACUGUAGCCUGGAUACCCUACUGGGGGACCUGCUGGCCGUGGUGGCCAGUCCGGGCUCCGGGACCUGGGAGGCGUGUAGCAACUGUAUUGAGGCGUAUCAGCGGCUGGACCGACAUGCUCAGGAAAAAUAUGAUGAGUUCGACCUCGUGCUGCAUAAAUACUUACAGGCGGAAGAGUACUCAAUACGGUCCUGCACGAAAGGCUGUAAGGCUGUCUACAAGGCCUGGCUGUGCUCAGAAUACUUCAGCGUGACCCAGCAGGAAUGCCAGCGCUGGGUGCCCUGCAAGCAGUACUGCCUGGAGGUGCAGACCCGGUGCCCCUUUUUACUCCCCGACAAUGAGGAAAUGGUGUACGGAGGGCUCCCUGGCUUUAUCUGUACAGGGUUGCUGGAUACUUCACCAAAGCGGCCGGAAACCAAGUGCUGUGACGUGCAGUGGGUCUCCUGUGAGGCAAAGAAGAAGAAGAUCAAGGAGUCUGAGGCCCCCAAAACCCACCACCAGCAAUUCCACCACUCCUAUUUCCACCACUACCACCAACAGUACCACCACUACCACCCCCGUCAUGAUCCCCCAGGCCAUGUCAGCAACAAGCCCGCCCUGCUGCCGGUCUCUGGGGGCUCCCGCCUCAGCCCUAGCAGGAUUCGGCUCUGCAUCCUUGUUCUCAUGCUCCUCCAUACCGUGGUGUCCUUCUCCAGCAACCAGGGUGGUGGGGUAUUGGGGCUGGAGACACUGCCUGCCCUAGAAGAGGGCCUGACAUGGGAAGAGUGACAGUAGGGAGGACAGACCUCCACCACACACUGAUAUCAGCUCCAGCUCCCCCACGUGGGGGGGAGGGGGCUCCUCCCAUGGGAGGUAUAGGAUAAGGUGGGGGCGGGGGGAAAUGGGGGAACCACACAUCCCCUCAACCUACCCCCACCCCAAAAGCAGCUCCAACAGAAUGGCCAGAGGGCCCCAAGGAGCUACAAAACUCAUCCGGGCAAAAAAGGCAGGAGCAGCAGGUGACCCCUCCCAAGCCCCCAUCUAUGGGGCUUAGCAAAAAAAGGGAGGAAGUGGGGGCUGGAUAUGCCCACCCCUGCCAAGAGUCCUGACCCCAGGGAAGGAGGCUGCUCACCCAGCCUGGGCCCUGCAGGGAAUGUUGGGGGGCACAGAGGGGAGACACUCUUCCCCCCCUCCACAUUCCUUUUGUUGCCAAGAUCCUUAAUUCCCUCCUGCCCAUAUCCCAACGGGCAACAGCAGACAGUGCAAUGGCCCUCCUGCCACUUCAACACACCGUGCCCCACCUGGGACUAUCGCAGGUGAAGCACCAGACUGGGAGAUGAGGUACGCACAGUUGCAGCUAGAUCGGGGCCCCAGUAAAGCUGUGCCCCACCACCCUAGGCAAUGAGGGGCAGAAAAGGGGUACAGAAUAAGUGGUGAAAGAGGGUGAUGAUAGGGAAUGGGGAUAGGAGAAGAGAAAUGUGGGCAGAGGGCUUGAAGAGAUGGUCGAAUAGGCUACUGCCACCCAGUUUUGGGGAGAUGGAUGAUAAGUGUUGAGGCAGGCUUGAAAACUGCUCCCCAAGACAGAGAGAGUUGCAUUAGGAGCUCUCUGGGAAAAGAGCACAGGAACUGAGUUGCUGGGCCUUAAAGCAAAAGGCUGCAGGCACAUGGUUAGACUGCUGCUGUCUGAAGGACCAUAUCUUACAGAAGGUGCACAUACUCCCAAGGGCCUCCCUUGCCCUGGAGAUCUUGGCCUUAGGGCCAAAGACAAUAACAUUUCCUAUCUCCAUGGGGAGGAGGAACUUGAGCUCAAGUGGAUCAGGCCUGGCCAGGGUCCUCAUACUCCCCUGUCUUGUCCUAGCCCAGGCCUCCAUGAAGGAGAACCUGGUGGCAUUGCCCCAGAGCUCUCCAGAGAUGAGCCUCCCCUCUCCCCUGUCCCCGUCCCCAGCCUACCAAAGAGUAUUCAUGCCUUUCCAUCCCUGACCCCAUGGGUUACUGUCCCAACUGUGGAACAACCAGACUCCUCUACACCCUGCAGGAGGAUCUUCUGCUGCAGUCACCCCAGUCCCUUGCUAGAGAAAGUCUAGGGACUGGCAAGAAGACCCUUUGACUAAAGAUCAUGUGCUGUCAUCCCUUGGCUGAGAAACUGUUGAGUCAGGCUAGAGGGCUGGACAAGAGAAGAGGCACUGAGAGCCCCUUAGGGGCCAUUAGCCUUGCUCUGGUCUGCUGGGUGGGGGUGGGGAAUAAGGGAGAUCCCACAUUGCCUGGGACAUCUGAAUGCUGGUUAAGAACUGACAGGAAAGGGAGCCAGAGCUGUAUUCCUGGGAGAGGCUAGGGAGCUUUAGUGCCAACAAGGCCUGUGUCCUUCUGGGAUGCAAUACUAGUGAGUGAAUGGGAGGGUGGGUCUGGAGCUGCGUGAGACUGAAACCAAGAAGCAGAUGACCUGUCCUUGGUCAGCUUAGGGAUGAAUGGGAGGGCUCCCUAGUGGAGAGAGAAUCAUUCAUGGGCCUCAACUGGGUCCCAGAUAAGUUACAUGAGACUGGGGAGUCCUUCCCUGCCAGUUUUCUCAUUUCUCACAGCCUGUCCCCAACUCCUGUGCCCUGCCUACACACUCCCCUGUUUGGCCCUCAGCACUUUGGGCCUGGCCACAUACCCCAUCCCUAGAGUGCUCUUUCCAGACAUGCUUAUGUAUAAGUAAAGGGCAGGUGCUUGGGCUCCAGAGAGACCCCAGGUACUGCCUUCUAACUCCUGCAUCCUCAGGAGGGGAAAAAGGACUGCGAAGUAAAGGGGAACCAUACGGCCCCAGGGAAUGGACCCUUGGAGACUCCCAUCCUCUCUUCCCCCUCACCAAGUGCCCAGGAGACCCCUGGCUCAGACCAGCCCAAGGCCUUGCCCAGUGGCAGAGGAAAGGGGCACCUCACUCCACCUCAGAGUCAUUUGACUGCCUCCCUUCACCCCACCACCCUAAUCUUCCACCACCUCUCUGGCUGUCCCUGCCCUCCAUCACAGGCAGCAGAGCCGGGCAGCUUUCUUAUGCCAUUUUCUACACUGUGCUUCAUGAGUAGGACUUUCUUGCACUAGUUCCUAUGACUGAGUGUCCAAGCUGGUUUCCUAGUAGUCCCCCAUCCCUUCCUCCAUUACCUGGCUAUGAUUCAGUUGUCUCUGCCCUCCCUCUUACUCCGCCUCUGUGUUUUGGUGAGAGUCUCUGUAUGUGUACUGCUUUCUGUUUUGUUGCAUUGUGGGGCAGAGGCCUCUCUGCUCUUGUUUAACCCCAUAAAGAAAUAAAUGGUAAGACUUGAUGAUAA